AUGGAGAAUGGCAGUAAAGUGGACAGCCCAACCAACAUCUCCUUGGCCAACAACGAUGUGGUGUUUAGUAUGAUUGAGUACAAGGCCAUCUCCGUCUUCUCGGUUCUUCUCAUUUGUGGUGUCGGCAUAAUAGGCAACAUUAUGGUAGUCUUGGUGGUUUUCACAACUCGUGAUAUGAGGACACCGACCAACUGCUAUCUGGUCAGUUUGGCUGUAGCCGACUUAAUGGUCCUGGUGGCGGCUGGUUUGCCCAAUGUUACAGACAGUUUGGCUGGGACGUGGAUAUACGGUAAUGCUGGCUGUCUCGGCAUAACGUACUUUCAGUAUUUGGGGAUCAAUGCUUCCUCCUGCUCAAUCACAGCUUUCACAGUGGAGAGAUACAUCGCCAUCUGCCACCCAAUGAAAGCCCAGACAGUGUGCACCGUGUCCCGCGCCAAGCGCAUCAUCGCCAUCGUUUGGGUGUUCACUUGUAUCUACUGCAUGAUGUGGUUUUUCCUGGUUGACAUUCAAGUGAACAAAACCCAACAAGUGGAGUGUGGCUACAAGGUCUCCCGGAACCUCUACCUGCCCAUUUAUUUGACGGACUUUGCCAUUUUCUAUGUGAUCCCGCUGUUCGUGGCCACCAUCCUGUACGGGCUUAUCGGAAGAAUCUUAUUUCUUAGCCCAAUCCCCAGCCACCCCGAGAGCACCACAGAGAGAUGGAGGGAGAAAAGCUCCAAAGAGAAGAAUGCAGCCGAAGCUGAUGGCAACAAGAUGAACAAUCGCAGUCGGCCCAGAGGGGCAUUGUCCUCCCGGAAGCAGGUCACCAAGAUGUUGGCAGUGGUAGUUGUUCUCUUCGCACUCCUCUGGAUGCCCUACCGGACUUUGGUUCUAGUCAACUCAUUCAUGGAAAACCCUUACCUUGACCCUUGGUUCCUCCUGUUUUGCCGAAUUUGUGUCUACGCCAACAGUGCAAUCAACCCCGUCAUCUACAACCUCAUGUCGCAGAAAUUUCGUACAGCUUUCAAGAAAUUGUGCAAAUGUGGCCAGGUGGACACCCAGAGGAGGAGCAUAUACCUUACCACCACAAGCUACAGCAUGGUGAGGGACAACGCUAACACCCGAGCAGAGAAAAAGGAGAAACCUCCAUCAGACAACCCAACGGUGGUACCGAAACAAGCCGAAAAACCCCGUCUGGAAGGCGAACUUUACUACAGUGUGGUUUAG